AUGCCCCCUCGUAAGAAACAGCGGACCGACGGUGACGCGCCUCCAGUAGCUGCAGUGCCCCGGCGUACAACGAGGGCGUCAGCCAAAGCCGCUCAAGCAGAUGGUUCCGUCGCUGAAGGUCCGGCUACUGACGCUAAACCGAUUCGGAAAGCAAAGGCUAAGACGGCUAACCCUGACGCGCUAAAAUGUGUUGUGCACAAGGGUCGUCUACAGACGCUUCCGGACCUCGCGGUGGAGAUCUAUAACUUCCUAGAGUUGGAAGACAUAUUUAAUCUCUCGCGGACCAACAAGAAGUUCCGCGCUUUUUUCGCGGACAAGAACGACGAGCAGAAGCUGUGGGUGCCCGCGCGGGAGAAUACGCCUGGGCUCCCGGACCGGCCGCCUUGGAUGGGCGAGCGCAAGUUCGCUUACCUGCUCUACUCGCCGCAUUGCCACAAUUGCGGUGCUCCCAAUAUUCGUAAGAUCGUGUUUGGCUGGUUCGUUCGUCUGUGUUCCGCGUGCCUCCAGAAAAGGACGAUAUGGUAUGGCCAUGCGGCAGCGAGCACAGAGGAGAUCGAAGAUGGCUCAAUGUUACGCAUCAUGUUCUAUUCCAACACAAUCACCUCCCAUUUCCACGUUGAGGGGAGUUCCCACCUUUCGUACGACCAGAAGUUCAACCGUCUAUUUGUAGACGACGUGAACCGUGUCUUCGAGCAGUUCAAGGCCCUCCCGGAUUCAGCGGUAAAGAAGACCUUCCCCGAUCAAGUCAAGGCGGAGCACGCGGUUCGUCUUCCGUACGCCAACGCCAUCCACCACUGGAUGCAUCAGCAAGAAGAGCAGAGGGUAGCCCAUCUUGACGAUGUUAGGCAGCAGCGUUUCAGCGCCAUCCUGGUCAAAUUAAAAGACGCCGGGUGGGGUGAGGAUCUUGACUUCAUGGGCAAACAGGGCCUCGAUACAAUGUCCAAGAUGCCAGUUGUCCGGCAGUCAUCCAAGCUGACUGAAGGAGCGUGGCAGAAGGUGCUAGUUGUACUCGACGACUUCCUGAAGAGCACCAGAGAGAAUCGCCUCAACGGCGAAUACCGGAAGACUAUAUGGGCGCGGCUCCAAAUUCUCGAACAAGCAAUCCAAGCGCACUACGUGACCCUCCCAUCAGGAAAAACCUCCAUCCAUAACGAGGGCUAA